AUGGAGAAAUCGGUGGCAACACUAGACAAAGGCACAACAUGCACUUCAUGGAACUACUGUGGCCAAAGACUAGCCACCGGUUCUGUUAAUGGGAUUCUCUCAAUCUUCGAUUCACCUGACCCAGCUUCCUCUUCCUUCACCACAACCUCCAAGAUUAGGGUACAUGAAGGUGGGAUUGUCAAAAUUGUUUGGGUCUCACCAGAGUAUGGUGAUGCAGUGGCUUGUAUUUGUGGAGAUGGGAGUUUGUCUUUGUGGGAGGAGAUUGUUGAAGAUGGACAACUUCUUCAAUGGAAGCUUUGUAAAAGUUUUCAAAGCAAGGAAAGUAAAGCGUUAGACGUGCAAUUCGGAGUGUUCCCGACAAGUUUGAAAAUGGUUGUGGCAUAUUCAGAUGGUCAUGUGAAAGUCUAUGAGCUUUUGGAUCCCUUAGAGUUGAAGAAUUGGCAGCUUCAGGCUGAAUUUCAGAAUGUGAUUGAUUCAGUUUCUACAUUUGGGAAGGCUUCAUGCUUUUCUGCAUCUAUUUCUUGGAAUCUACAGCGGAAUGAAAGCCAGAAACCAAGCUUUGUUAUGGGUUUCAACUCAGAUACACCACAACUGAACAGUUCUAAGGUGUGGGAGUUUGAUCAGGCCCAUCACCGAUGGCUUCCAGUUGCCGAGUUAGCAUUGCCUGUGGACAAAAGUGAUCAGGUUUUUGCCGUUGCAUGGGCACCAAACAUUGGCCGGGCACAUGAGUUAAUAGCUGUUGCUACUCGCAAAGGUAUUACAAUAUGGCAUGUUGGAUUGAACCCUGACCUGGAUGGAAUGCUUUCAGUGGAAAAAGUUGCAUUGCUUUCUGGAUAUGAGGGUGAGGUGUGGCAGAUAGAAUGGGACAUGAGUGGAAUGACCUUAGCAACCUCCGGAACUGAUGGGAUGGUAAGACUGUGGCAAUCCAACUUGAAUGGGGUUUGGCAUGAACAGGCUGCAUUUGAACCCACAUCCUAG